GCAGCUAAAUAAAAUUCACUACAAAUUAAUCAGAACACCACCAUUCACUUGCUAAGACAGGGAACUCAAAUUUCAGAGAAAAAAUAUUUGGAAUGUCGACUGAUGCAGUUAUAGACCCUCACGACAAGAUGAGGUCUAGGGAUGUUAACAAAGUUGCUAGAGGUGAACAAGCCCCAAGGCCUCCUGCUGAUCACCCUAUUGUCUCCAAGGCACCACCUCCAACUUCUACUGAUCCUAAGCCCAAAAAGGCAGGGGAGAAGGACGAUGUUGAAGACUUAGGGGCUGCACCUGCUGAUGAUGCUCCUCGCUUCACUAACCAGUUGAGAAACUGUUGCAUACGUUACUAUGAAUUUUACAGGUGUAUCAUGGAGAACGAGGAAGAUACAUCCAAAUGUGACAAGUUUGCUGAGUAUUAUCGAGCACUAUGCCCAUAUGAAUGGGUUGAGAAGUGGGAUGUUGAGAGAGAGCUUGGAAUUUUUCCUCAGCCAAUUUAGUUUGAACAACAAAGGCUGUUGUCAGUUCGAUCUUUGAAGCCAAGGAAGGCAUCUCGUCGGUGAAUAAAACUCAAGAACUAUCAUAUCUUUUGUUACCAGCAAAUGAAGAAAGAAGGUAGAAGGCGAAAAGAAGAAAAAAUUAUGUUUGUCCCUAGCUUGGAGGUCUCCUUACUGUAUGAAGAAAACAAUGGAAUAAUUCCACAAACCUCCCCUAACCUUUUUUA